UGUGAUAAAAGCGAAACAGUAGAAGAUUAUAUAGUAUGUUACAAUAAAAGCAGGGUUGGAUAGAAGAAAUUGAGGUCCACUUAUAUGGAGAUAUUCAAGUCUAGGGUUCAGUUCCAGUAAUCCCACUAUGCCAUUGUAGAACAAGAUUCCCUUUCAACAAAGAAUGGAAUUCUUAGCUAUGUGUGUGGGAAAAGUUACAGAUUGCUUGAUGCAGCCACUUGCGCAACAGAUUGGGUAUUUCUUUUACUACAACAGCAACAUCACAUCUUUGGAUAAUGAAUCUCACAAGCUGGACAAUAUUACAAGUGGGGUGCAGCAAAGAGCGGAGGCUGCACGGAGAAAUUUGAAAGUCAUUUCACAAGAUGUUGAAGCUUGGUUAAAUAGUGUUACCAAGAUUAAUUCAGAUGUGGAAGGUGUAAUGCGUGGUAGAGUUGAGGUUGAAAGAGGUUGUUUUUAUGGUUGGUGUCCAAAUUUGAAGUCAUGGUACUCGUUGAGCAAGAGAGCUAAGAGAAUUACACUAGCGGUGAUUGAACUUCGAAAUGAUGGAAAAGAUUAUGUUGAUUUCUCCUAUCCUGCACCACCUGUAGUUGAAAUUCAAGCUAUGAGUGAGGAGUUUGACUCCAGAAAAUUGAAAGAGGAAGAGGUCAUGGCAGCUUUGAGAGAUGAGGACGUCACUGUUAUUGGGAUUUGUGGUAUGGGUGGUGUAGGUAAGACGACACUAGCUGAGAAAAUAAGAGCAAGGGCGAAAAAAGAAAGGUUUUUUGAUGAAGUUGUCAUGGUCACUGUCAGUCAACAACCAGACUUGAAAACAAUUCAAGCUGAGAUAGCUGGAGGAGUUGGCCUAACAUUCCAAGGCGACAAUUUUUGGAAUCGUGGAGAUCAGUUGCGUUCAAGGUUAAUGGGUCAGGACAGCAUCCUUGUAAUCUUGGAUGAUGUCUGGGAGGCUCUUGAUCUGAACAAACUUGGAAUUCCUAGUUGUAGCAAUCACAACCAUCAGUGCAAAGUAACAUUGACAACGCGACUCCGAGAUGUUUGUGAAACAAUGGAGGCUCGAAAGAUCAUAGAAGUUGGAAUCUUACCUGAAAAGGAAGCAUGGGUCCUUUUCAGGCAGAAAGCCGGUAAUUCGGUAGCUGAUCUUUCUCUUCAUGACACAGCAAAAGAUGUUGUGAAAGAAUGCAAGGGGUUGCCACUUGCAAUUAUUACAGUUGCAGGAGCGCUAAAGCGUAAAAGCAAGCCUUCAUGGGAGGAUGCCCUUAAACAAUUACAAAAAUCCACACCAAAAAAUAUCCCAGGAGUGAUUAAAAAUGUGUAUCAAUCUCUCAAGCUAAGCUAUGAUCAGUUGGAAAGUGAUGAAGUCAGGUACCUGUUUUUGCUUUGUUCCUUGUUUGAGGAAGAUAGUAAUAUCUGGCAUGAACAAUUACUUAGAUAUGGAAUGGGGCUUGGCAUCUUUUCGGAAAUUGAAAAUUUAGAAGAAGCAAGAAAGAGGGUGUGCCAUCUGCUAGAAACAUUGAAGGAUCGUUUCUUGCUAUCCCAAGGUUCAGGAAAAAAUUAUGUCAAAAUGCAUGAUGUGGUCCGAGACGUGGCUAUAUAUAUCGCCUCUGAGGGAAGGCACGUUUUUAUGGUAAGUCACAGUGUGAACUCAGAAGAGUUCCCAAGAAGAACCUCUUACGAGCCAUACAGUCACAUGUCAAUUGUUGCACAAAAAAUUGAUGAGCUUCCUAAACCAAUAUCUUUCCCAAGACUUGAGUUUCUAAUGUUAAAACUAUUAGAAGAGCCGUUCAAAUUACAGGAUGAUUUUUUUAUUGGAAUGAGUAAACUUAAUGUCUUAAGCCUGAGUGGAUAUGAGGACUCCAUUUUAACCUUUCCAAAUUCUGUUCAGUUAUUGUCAAAUCUGCGCACAUUGUCUCUGAUGAAUUUAAAGUUGGAUGACAUAUCAAUUAUUGGCGAACUUGUCACUUUAGAGAUUCUCAUUAUUAGAGAUUCUACUAUAGAUGUGCUUCCGGUGGAGAUUGGAAAUUUGAGCAAUUUAAUUUUGUUAGAGUUUUGGAAUGAGAGAGUACCACUUGAAAAUAUUUCACCUGGGGUCUUAUCAAGACUAGUUCGAUUAGAGGAACUAACAUUAGUGGAAUGUUCUGGAGAUGUAAUUCACAGUAACUUGGACAUUUCCUCCAAUUUGACACGGUAUUAUCUAAAUAUGGGCCAACAAGUUCGUAGUUACCACGAUAGUUCGCUCAUGGAUAAUUACAACAGGAUUAUGGUCCUCAACGUCAUUGAUACCACCCCAUUGGGUGAUUGGAUCUGCCGCAUGUUGAAGAAGAGCGAACUUGUACAUUCAAGAGGAAAUGGUUCCAAGAAUGUGCUGACCGAGUUGCUGGGAGAUGGAGUUCAGAACGUGAAAGAUCUCCUCCUGGCUGAUUGUGAUUCAAUGACACAUCUCUUGAAUAUCCACUGUCAGAAUAAUAUUCCAUUCCCCAAACUUGAAAGACUAGAGGUAAUUAGAUUUUGCAGUCUACGCUCUCUUUUUAGCCUGUCCUUCGUUGUGGGGAGUUCGUCAAACUCGACAGUAGCUUGCAGUAAUGAUGAGGAAGAUGAGAUCUCUCAGAGGAAACAUAUCAGAUCAGAAGAGAACAUGGUCCAAGUAAUGAAGUUCCCCAAUUUAUAUUACUUGGACCUUCAUUUUCUGGAGUGCUUCACUCACUUUUGCACUGACGCUGUUGAGGGCAUUGAUUUUCCUCAGUUACAAAUCUUGCGCUUCUGGGAGUUACCGGAGUUCCAAAAUUUCUGGCCUAUAGACAACAACUCUAUGGCCGGCUCAAAUCCUCUCUUUGAUGAAAAGGUUUUGUGUCCCAACCUGGAAGAGCUACAACUUAAUGGGACUAACAGCAUAGCUGCUCUAUGCUCUCAUCAACUUCCAACAGACUACUUCAGCAAACUUAAAAUAUUGCUACUAUGGAACUGUGGCAAAUUGAGAAACUUGAUGUCUCCAUCAGUGGCCAGAAGUGUUCUGAAUCUACAAAUUCUAAGCAUAGAAGCCUGCCAAUCGAUGGAAGAAGUGAUCACAGAAGAGGAACAACUAGUACAAGAAAUGACUACUAAGCCCUUAUUUCCACGAUUAGAAAAAUUGGUGCUCGAAGAGCUACCAAAGCUGGGGCAUUUCUUUUUGACGAAGCAUGCUCUUGAAUUUACAUUUCUCGGAGAAGUGAGGAUUAACAGCUGCCCUGAAAUGAAGACGUUUUCCCUUGGAUCUGUGAGUACACAUAGUCUGGACAGGUUGAUUGUGGACUAUGCUGAGGUGAAAGAUAAUCUCAAUAAAGCGAUACAACAGCUCUUCAUUUUGAAGGUUUGUCUUGAACAAGAAGCUUGUGAUGGUAAUCGAGCCGAAGCUAGUGAUGGCAAAAGCUAGCGUUCUAAGAAUUUGAAGCUAGGAAGGUAAUAAGCGCUAGAUGAAAUAAUCAACGUGCAAGUUAGCUUGAACAUCACAUGAAACCUAUGCCUAUAGAGGUAACAAGCAGAGGUGGAUCUACAUUGUAACUUAUGGGCUCAAUAAAACCAGUUGAUUGUGAACAUUAGGGGUGCUCAAACCGACCCGAAAAACUGCACCAAACCGACAGAAAAGAGGCCGACUAAUUAAGCUUGGUCUGGCCGUUUGGUAUUGAGCAAUGAAAAAUUGAAUGAAAGAAGUGAUCGCAGAAGAGGAACAACAAGGAGAAGUAAUGACUGAUGAACCUUUAUUCCGUGUUGUAAGCACUGUACCUCGUGGGGCAUUUCUUUCAGAUGAACCAUGCUCUUGAAUUUCCAUUUCUCUGAAAAGGUGGAGAUUAGAAGCUGCUUCGAAAUGAAGAUGUUUAUCCCGCUGGGAUCCGUGAGUACAGAAAGUCUGAGAAGUCUGGUUGUAGAAAAACCAAUCAGAAAUCAAUGCUGAGGUGAAAAUGAUCUCAAUAAGGCAAUACAGAAGAUGUUCAAUUCUAAGCAUACUCUCUUUUUUUCCCCCUUUCUAUAGCAGUUGUACUUUCUGAGCUAGUCAUCUCUGUUCUUCUGCAAUCUCGGGUCCCAAAAGAAGAAGCUAAGCUAGUAUUGGUGACGAAGCUGAAGCUAGUGAUGGCAGAAGCUAAUAAUGCAAGUAUGCUUUCAGAAUCUCAAGCACAACUAAGAUUGUGUUUAAGCAUUUUACAUGAAGACCUUAGCUGUAAUCAAUAAGAAGUUCUCUUUUCUUUCUGUAUACACUAUUGAUCCCAUUAGAUUUUAGAGCAAGUUGUUCUCAAAUCUCAAGGGCAAGCUCUUUUUGUUGUUGUUGAUAUUAGAGCAUGCAAUCCUCAAAGUGUGGCCAUGAGUAAUGACAAUGCAAGAGUUACGCAGGGAA